AUGGCGGCGGCGGCGGGCGCCCCUCCGCCGGGUCCGCCGCAGCCGCCUCCGCCGCCGCCACCCGAGGAGUCGUCAGACAGCGAGCCGGAGGCGGAGCCCGGCUCCCCGCAGAAGCUCAUCCGCAAGGUGUCCACGUCGGGCCAGAUCCGCCAGAAGACCGUCAUUAAAGAGGGGAUGCUGACCAAACAGAACAAUUCAUUCCAACGAUCAAAAAGGAGAUACUUUAAGCUGCGAGGGCGAACGCUGUACUAUGCAAAAACUGCCAAGUCGAUCAUAUUUGAUGAGGUGGACCUGACAGACGCCAGUGUUGCUGAAUCCAGUACCAAAAACGUCAACAACAGCUUUACGGUCAUCACUCCAUGUCGGAAGCUCAUCCUAUGUGCCGAUAACAGAAAAGAGAUGGAAGACUGGAUAGCAGCACUGAAGACGGUCCAGAGCAGGGAGCACUUUGAGCCUACCCAGUACAGCAUGGACCACUUCUCAGGGAUGCACAACUGGUAUGCCUGCUCCCACGCGAGGCCCACCUACUGCAAUGUGUGCCGAGAGGCUCUGUCCGGGGUCACGUCCCACGGACUGUCCUGUGAAGUGUGUAAGUUUAAGGCCCACAAACGCUGUGCUGUGCGUGCGACCAGUAACUGCAAGUGGACCACGCUGGCCUCCAUUGGGAAGGACAUCAUCGAGGACGAGGAUGGGAUUGCCAUGCCUCAUCAGUGGCUGGAGGGGAAUCUGCCCGUGAGUGCCAAGUGCACGGUGUGCGACAAGACCUGCGGCAGUGUGCUGCGCUUGCAGGACUGGCGCUGCCUCUGGUGCAAGGCCAUGGUGCACACAGCGUGUAAAGAAUCCUUACUGACCAAGUGCCCACUGGGCCUGUGCAAAGUGUCGGUCAUCCCGCCCACCGCUCUCAACAGCAUCGACUCCGAUGGCUUCUGGAAGGCCACAUGUCCUCCAUCCUGCACAAGUCCAUUGUUGGUCUUCGUCAAUUCAAAAAGUGGGGACAACCAGGGUGUGAAGUUCCUCAGAAGAUUCAAGCAGCUGCUGAACCCUGCCCAGGUCUUUGACCUCAUGAAUGGAGGGCCACACCUUGGCUUACGCUUAUUCCAGAAGUUUGAUACGUUCCGGAUUCUGGUUUGCGGUGGAGAUGGCAGUGUUGGUUGGGUCCUCUCUGAAAUCGACAGCCUCAACCUUCACAAACAGUGUCAGCUGGGAGUGCUGCCCCUCGGCACAGGGAAUGACCUGGCUCGCGUAUUAGGCUGGGGCUCGGCCUGUGACGACGACACCCAGCUCCCGCAGAUCUUGGAGAAGCUGGAAAGAGCCAGCACCAAGAUGCUGGACAGGUGGAGCGUCAUGGCCUAUGAGACCAAACUCCCCCGGCCGGCCUCCUCUUCUACCGUCACUGAAGACUUGAGUGAAGGCUCCGAGGUGCAGCAGAUUCUCUUCUAUGAAGACUCGGUCGCGGCCCAUCUCUCUAAGAUCCUGACCUCCGACCAGCACUCGGUGGUGAUCUCAUCAGCCAAAGUGCUCUGCGAGACCGUGAAGGACUUCGUGGCCCGGGUGGGGAAGGCCUACGAGAAGACCACCGAGAGUUCAGAGGAGUCGGAGGUCAUGGCCAAGAAGUGCUCUGUCCUGAAAGAGAAGCUGGAUUCCCUCCUCAAGACCUUGGAUGAUGAGUCCCAGGCCUCGUCCUCGCUGCCCAAGCCUCCCCCCACCAUUGCCGAGGAGGCAGAAGACGGGGAGGGGGCGGGCAGCGGCUGCAGCUCCAGCUCCGCCGGGGACCGCGCCGUGGGGCCGGCGUGCCCCGCCCGGCCGCAGAUAUUCCGCCCUCGGGAGCAGCUCAUGCUGAGAGCCAACAGCCUGAAGAAGGCGAUUCGCCAGAUCAUAGAGCACACAGAGAAAGCCGUGGACGAGCAGAACGCCCAGACCCAAGAGCAGGAGGGGUUCAUCUUAGGUCUCUCUGAGUCGGAGGAGAAGAAGGAUCUGAAAUCGGACGACAGAGCGUGCCACGGCGAGGGCCACGGCACCGCCAAGGGCAGGAGCCUCCGCAGAGUGUCCAGAUCCCCAUGUGAAAAGCUGAUAAGCAAAGGAAGCUUGUCCCUGGGCGGUUCUGCCUCUCUUCCUUCUCAGUCAGGAAACCGGGACGGCCUGCCAGCACUGAACACGAAGAUCCUGUUCCCGAAUGUUCGCGCCGGGAUGUCUGGUUCCUUGCCUGGAGGUUCAGUCAUCAGUCGAUUAUUAAUUAACGCCGAUCCCUUUAGCUCUGAACCAGAAAACCUAGAGUACUACACAGAGAAGUGCGUCAUGAACAAUUACUUUGGCAUCGGCCUGGAUGCGAAGAUCUCCUUGGACUUCAACAACAAGCGGGAUGAGCACCCGGAGAAGUGCAGGAGUCGAACCAAGAACAUGAUGUGGUAUGGAGUCCUCGGCACCAGAGAGCUGCUGCACAGAACCUACAAGAACCUGGAGCAGAAGGUCCUCCUGGAGUGUGACGGGCGACCCAUCCCACUCCCCAGUCUCCAGGGAAUUGCUGUCCUCAACAUUCCCAGCUAUGCAGGAGGGACCAACUUCUGGGGGGGCACCAAGGAGGACGACACUUUUGCAGCCCCGUCAUUCGAUGACAAGAUCUUGGAGGUGGUGGCAGUGUUUGGCAGCAUGCAGAUGGCCGUCUCUCGUGUUAUCAAGCUGCAGCAUCACCGGAUUGCCCAGUGUCGCACGGUGAAGAUCUCCAUCCUGGGGGAUGAGGGCGUACCUGUGCAGGUGGACGGAGAGGCCUGGAUCCAGCCCCCUGGGUACAUUCGGAUUAUCCAUAAGAACCGGGCCCAGACGCUCACCAGGGAUCGGGCCUUUGAGAACACCCUGAAGUCCUGGGAGGACAAGCAGAAGUGUGAGCUGCCCCGCCCUCCAUCUUUCUCUCUGCACCCGGAGAUCCUGUCCGAGGAGGAGGCCACCCAGAUGGACCAGUUUGGGCAGGCGGCAGGAGCCCUCAUCCACAGCAUCCGGGAGAUAGCGCAGUCGCACCGAGACGUGGAGCAGGAGCUCGCCCACGCCGUCAACGCCAGCUCCAAGUCCAUGGACCGAGUGUAUGGCAAGCCCAGAACCACAGAGGGGCUGAGCUGCAGCUUUGUCCUGGAGAUGGUGAAUAAUGUUAGAGCUCUGCGCAGCGAGACGGAGCUGCUGCUGGCAGGGAAGCUGGCCCUGCAGUUGGAUCCCCCUCAGAAGGAACGGCUCACGGCUGCCCUCACUGAGAUGGACCAGCAGCUCAGGAAGCUGGCCGACACCCCCUGGCUGUGCCAGCCCAUGGAGCCUGGUGACGAAGAGAACGUGAUGUUGGAUCUUUCCAAGCGCAGCCGCAGUGGUAAAUUCCGCCUGGUGACCAAGUUCAAGAAGGAGAAGAACAACAAGAACAGAGAAGUUCGCAGCAGCCUGGGAGCCCCGGUUCACCUCUGGGGCACAGAGGAGGUUGCUGCCUGGCUGGAGCACCUCAGUCUCUGUGAGUAUAAGGACAUCUUCAUGCGGCACGACAUCCGGGGCUCAGAGCUCCUGCACCUGGAGCGGAGGGACCUCAAGGUACUUCCACAGCGUCUCCUAGGAAGGAGCACAUGUGCUCCUCGCGGCUCCCCGACCCCUCCCUGCAGUCUCCUCACCGUUCCUCUCAGGCCUUUGUGCGCGACUCGGGGUGACGACUUGGGGGUGAUGUGCGGCGGCCCCCAGAUGUGAUGUCUCACCUGCUACAGCCAAAGCCGGAGCAGACACCUUGGGGAACCUCGCUUUCUUAGCCUAAUUGGACAGUGAACCAUUUUAGCAUUGAAAACGCUUUGAGGGAUGCAGCCCUCCGCUAGUCAAGCUGGAGCAUGCUCUGUGAUGACAGCCAUCUGGGUGCUGGGGCCCAGCCGACGGGGUUCCCUCCUCGGCUGACUGCCCUUUGGCUGCGCCAGCGGCCACGCUCGCCCUCUCCACGCUCCCCGGAAGGGCACAGGGGCGGCCUGACCCGGGGCUCCGCAGCCUGGCGCUCUCUGCCGCUCAGGCCGC